UUUAUUAUUGCUCACAAGAUGAUGAGUUGUGCAGCGUUGAACUUUGUGUAGGCCUAGUUAGAACUAGAGUUAUAGUCUAACUCAUGUUACUCACCCAUACUUGCGGUCACUGUAACAUUCUAGUUAAACCUGUUGCCAACCGUUUUUGAACUCACCUGCCAUGGCUGAACUUGGUGCACAUUUGACCACUACAGCUACGGAUGAUAGAGCGUCGAUAUUUGAGGUCCUAGCGCAGGACUCCUUGAUGGGUGCUGUCAGACCCGCCUUGCGACACGCUGUGAAGACUCAAGAUCUUUGUGCUGUUCUAGCAGAGUCCAACCCGUCCCGCUAUGGAUUCCUCUGGCGGCGAUUUGAUGAGAUUUACGCCAUUCUUGAUGUAUUGCUGCAGCACCAUUUUCUCUCGCGGACUAGUGCCUCAUUCUCUGAGAACUUUUACAGCCUCAAGCGUGUUGCUGCUACAGGGGGAGAAAGGCCAGCUCACCUAGGUCUACGUGGGAAACACCACUGGUAUUCGCUUAUCCUUCUUGUUCUAGUUCCUUACCUGAGGGACAAGCUGGAACAGGUACUGGCCAAGCAGAGGGACGAGGAUGAUUUCUCCAUCCGCCUACCACAGUCACCCUUGCAAAGGAUGUACAGGGCUUUCCUGGCAGCCUACCCCUAUGUCAGCAUGGGCUGGGAUAGCUGGGCCUUCUGUCAGCAGCUGCUGUAUGUGUUUGGCCGAGCCAAGACCCACUCACCAUUUCUGUGGCUGGCAGGGGUCAGGCUGGCUCACCUUACAGGACAUGACAUCUCAAAUAUGGACCUGAAACCAGCCACCCCUUCCGUGGCCAUAGGCUCAAGUGUUAAUGAGAGGCUGAAGAGGUUGACGUCAACAUUGGUGGGGGGUGCGGCUCUGUCCCUGUCCACAAGUCUCUCCGUGGGCGUGUUUUUCCUGCAAUUUCUCGAGUGGUGGUACUCCUCAGAGAACCAGAGCACCAUCAAGACACUGACCUCUCUCCCCACACCACCCCCUCCCAUUCACCUCCAGGACCAACAGCCACUGACCAGAUACUGCAAAGUAUGUCCACUCUGUCGCAAGGUCCGCAUCAAUGACACGGUCCUCGCCACCUCUGGUUUUGUCUUCUGUUACCGCUGUAUUUAUGUCUACAUUAAAGCCAACCAGAGGUGUCCGAUGACAGGGUACCCAACUGAACUUCAGCACCUCAUCAAGAUUUACUCACCAGAAAGCUAGAUAGAAUGUCAUUUCUGUUCCCUUGAGGGACGUCCACAGUUAUGUCACAAUGACAGUUUAUAAUGGAAUUGAUUUGUUGGUUGUUGACUGUUCAUUCCAAUCAUUUGUAAAUCACUUUAUGGUUCUAUUAUAUCCCUUGCAUCUGUGACCAUUUGACGCUAAAGCAGUUAGGGUAUAUGGCCAGUAUACCACAGCUAAGGGCUCUUAAAAAAGAAUGCUAAUUUAUUCAGCUUCUUUAGCAGUUUUCCAUUGCAAAAAUAAUCUUAAAUUGCUUUGCAUUUAAAAAAAGAGCAUAAAAACAUUUGCUAGUGCUGUACAUUACAGAGGAUGUCUGGACGAUUGUACUGUACAACAAUGAGAGAUCUAAAACAUGCAGGGCAGGGGGGCUCCCAGGAGCAGGGUUGAGAAACACUGAGCUAGACUGUUGUUUUUUUAUCGCAAAUAGACUGAAACACAAUCCAGAAAGAUUCACAUACAGUAGUGUAGCGGAAGGAGGGGUUUGUAAACCGGGGGAGAAGAGCAGGUUGUUCGGUGGCAGGCUGGCAUGCAUUUAAGGUGUGAAAAGAUUUGGUGGAAUCCACAGAAUGAAAAAUGAAUGUAUUACUGGCAGCACGAUCCAAACAAACCAACAGUUAUCUUAGGCUUGCUAGUAUUGUUAGCCAUUUUAGAAAAGCAGAUUUUCCAUCAAAUUGGCAGGCAAAAAACAAAUACUAACUUCAACAUAAUAUAUACCACUUUAGCUAUUAAAAACCAAAAAUAGCUUUUUCAUCCUUGUGCAGGCUGCCUUACCGAGCCAUGGCAACUAUAGAACUACUGUUAUGCAGGAUGCAACACACAGUGCCUGGAUACAGCCCUUAGCUGUGGCAUUUGACUGAACAGCACAAGCCCCAGAGGUGCAUUGAUGGGAACUGGUUACCAAAAUAAAUGCAACAGUAAAAAAAAGUAUUUUUUCAGGGUAAUGUGGAUGUAUCAAGCUUUCAACACCCAGGACCAAAACAAACUGGUUUGAAAUAACCGAUAUACAAGAAUUGCUUAGUGCAAUUGCAAAAUAUUAAAAGGUAUAGCAUUGUGUGAGAAGUAAUAUAACAUUACUAGUCAGUGGCUGCAGAUAUUUUUGUUCUUUUACUAUGUGCAUAUGUAUAUAUCCAGUGCUUGUCACUAGGAUAGCAUUCAAGUGUUUAAUUCAGUUGUAUCUGUUUUGAACUGCAAUUUAAUAAAUAUUAUGACAUUACAUUUGGAGCAUUUUUCAAAUGAUGCUUCUAAUGGAAUAAACUCCAUGAAAUUGUUUGGCAUUUAUUUAGAAAAUAUGACUUAACAUGCAAAUAAAACUGGAUUUUAUUUAA